UAAAUGAUUUAAACUAAUUUUAGAAAACGUGUGAACGCGAUCUCUGUUCACGAGUGUAACGUGAUAAUAGUGUAAAUCAAAAUUUUAUCCAGUCUAACAUCGAAAAUGAUAGAUUUACGUGAUGAGAAUGCUAAAAAUACAAUAAAUGGUGGAAAAUAUAGCAAUUUAAAUAUACCAGUAACAUCACAACAAGGAUUAGCGCCACUUAGUCCCUAUUUAAAUUUUGAUCCUGCAUAUCUUCCUCCAAGCCAACCAGAAUAUAUAUUUCCGGAAGGAGCAGCAAAACAAAGAGGAAGAUUUGAAUUGGCUUUUAGUCAGAUUGGUGCAGCAUGUAUUAUAGGAGCUGGUAUUGGAGGUGCUACUGGUUUGUAUAGAGGCAUUAAAGCAACAUCUUUAGCUGACCAAACUGGUAAACUUAGAAGAACACAAUUAAUCAAUCAUGUUAUGAAAAGUGGAUCCUCGUUAGCAAAUACAUUUGGAAUAGUAUCUGUGAUGUAUAGUGGAUUUGGUGUGCUUUUAUCUUGGGUCAGAGGUACAGAUGAUUCCUUGAAUACAUUAGUAGCAGCAACUGGAACAGGGAUGUUGUUCAAAUCUACAACUGGCUUAAAAAAGUGUGCAUUGGGUGGUUGUAUAGGACUAGGAAUAGCAUCUGUAUAUUGCUUAUGGACUAAUCGAGAAGCCUUACUGGAAUUGAGGCAUCGCAAUAUAAAUCCAGCGUAAGACUAUCUAAAUAAUAUAUAGGAGGAACGAGAUUUCAAGCUACUAGAAAUUCACACAACGAAAGCAAAUUGUUUUGUAUAUAGAAAAUCAUAUUUGAAGAUUUUAUAGAAUAUAAACGUUUUAGUAAAAAUAAAUGAAAUCAAUAUACAAUACAAAUAAAGAAAAA